GGAAAAUUCGACAUUGAUUAAUAUAACGUAACGGAGAAAACGUCAAUUGAAAACUGUUUAUAUUUGGUGUGUUUUCGAGAAAAAGAGAAACUGGUACUUCUCUGGCGUUACUAUAAAAAUCAUAAUGAUAACCCACCCGUUCCAUUAAUAAAAAAACUAUUCAACAGACUACAGUAUUUAUAAAUUAAUCAACCAAAUGGACCAUGUUAAACAUAAACUACAAGAAGAAAUGACAAUUAAAAAUGAAAUCAACGACAGUAAUUCAAAUGAACAAAAAAUGGAGGGGGGAAAAUUACUUGGGAAAUUUAUUGAGGAACACAUUAAAUUUGAACAGCAAACAAACACUGUAGUAUUUAUUAAACAAGAAAUAUUAGAUGAAAAUGAUGAUAUAAAUAAAAAUCAAAGAGAGAAGAAAUUACCUUGUGAUAUUAGUGAGGAACGAAUUAAAAUUGAACAAUUACACACACAAGUAAAUGAUGAACAUCCAGAAAAUCAAAACAAGGAAUCAUUCGAUUGCUAUAAUAAUGACGAACACCUUGAAAAUAUACAAAAUAAAUCUGAAAAUAAUAAAUUGACCAGGCAUAAACGAAUUGAUCCAGGAGAAAAAUCCUAUUCAUGUGACGUAUGUGAUAAAACAUUUAGCCAGCACGUUAAUUUAGUUCGCCAUAAACGAAUACAUACCGGAGAAAAACCUUAUUCAUGCGAAAUUUGCGAUAAACAAUUUAACCAAAAAAGUAGUUUAGUUAUCCAUAAACGAAUACAUAAUGGAGAAAAACCAUAUUCAUGUGACGUCUGUGGUAAAACAUUUAACCAGCCUGGUGUUUUAGUUAGCCAUAAACGAAUACAUACUGGAGAGAAACCAUUUUCAUGUGACAUGUGUGGUAAAGCAUUUAGUCACAAAAAUAGUUUAGUUUUCCAUAAACGAACACAUACGGGGGAGAAACCUUAUUCGUGUGAUUUAUGUGAUAAAACAUUUAACCAGCCUAGUGUUUUAGUUUACCAUAAACGACUUCAUUCUGGAGAGAAACCUUUUGUAUGUAAUUUUUGUGAUAAAACUUUUAACAAUCAUUAUAGUUUACGCAUCCAUAAACGAACACAUACGGGCGAAAAACCUUAUUCUUGUGAGGUUUGUGAUAAAACAUUUAACAACCAUUAUAGUUUUCAUAUCCAUAAACGAACACAUACUGGUGAAAAACCUUAUUCAUGUGAGGUAUGUGAUAAAAAAUUUAGGCAGCAAAGAGGUUUAGUACUUCAUAAAAGAAUACAUACUGGAGAAAAACCUUAUUCAUGUGAUUUUUGUGAUAAAACAUUCAACAAUCAUAAUAGUUUUCGUAUACAUAAAAGAACACAUACAGGAGAAAAGCCUUAUUCUUGUGAGGUAUGUGAUCAAACAUUCAGCCAUCAAGGUAGUUUAGUUCGCCAUAAACGAAUACAUACUGGAGAAAAACCUUAUGCGUGCGACGGUUGUGAUAAAACAUUUAACAAUCAUAGCAGUUUUCGUGUCCAUAAACGAACACAUACUUGAGAAAAACCAUAUGGAUGUGACGGUUGUGAAAAAACAUAAUUCAUGGGGGCGUUUGUGUUAAAACAUUUAACAGCCAACUAAUGUUUACGUCGUCAUGAGUAAAUGCAUAAUGGAGAAAAUCAUUAUUCAUGCAGCUUUUGUGAAAAUUAUUUAUCGCAAAUUGCAUAUCCGAGUUCGUCAACGGGAGAAAGCUUGUGCAUGCAGUGUUUCUAAUAAAAUCAUUUUCCCAGAAAGCUUAUUUAGUUCAAUACAAAUUAAUUCAUUUAAAAUUAUAUUUAUUUGAUAAAUAUUUUAUCUA